AUGUCGAAAUUCGAAACCUCGAGGGCGCCUCAAAAAGAGGAACCGACUGAAAAUCUAUCAGAAAUGAAGACAACAGAGCGCAGUGAGACCUGCGACGAUGGAGAAACCAAGCAUGCUACGAGCGACCUGGACGACACGUAUCAAGAACAAUCAACCACCAAGGUCGUACUUCUUCUUGUCUCGAUCAUGAUAACCAUGUUUCUGGUUGCUCUAGAUCGAACGAUCAUCUCAACGGCAAUCCCUCAAAUCACGAAUGAAUUUGACUCCCUUUCCGACGUUGGUUGGUACGGAAGCGCAUACCUGCUGACGUGCUGCGCAUUUCAAUUGCUAUUCGGAAAGAUCUAUACUUUCUACCCCGUGAAAGCAGUUAUCCUGUCUAGCAUCCUCCUGUUUGAAGUCGGCUCUGUCGUUUGUGGAGCUGCGCCCAACUCCACGGCUUUUAUCAUUGGACGAGCUCUCGCUGGUAUUGGUGCCGCAGGAAUCUUAGCUGGCUCGGUUGUAUGCGUCGUCUAUGCUGUUCCUCUCGAGAAGCGUCCUAGGAUUCAAGGACUUUUCGGGGCCGUCUUCGGUCUGGCCUCGAUUGUAGGCCCGCUGGUUGGUGGUGCCUUUACCUCGAGAGUAACCUGGAGAUGGUGCUUUUAUAUCAAUCUUCCAUUCGGUGGCCUGGCAAUGGUUGCUAUCGCAUUUUGUCUCAAGGUGCCCGACAGGAAUACGACCAAGGUUCCACGGAUGGAGAAGCUGAAGCAGCUUGAUGUCGCUGGAAUGUGUUGCUUGGUCCCCGGCGUAGUCUGUCUGGUGCUAGCGUUACAGUGGGGUGGGCAGGCAUAUGCAUGGAACAAUGCUCACAUCAUCGCCUUACUGACGCUCAUGGGCGUCUUGCUGCUUGGUUUCGUUGCCGUCCAGAUACUUCUGACAAGGACGGCGACGAUUCCUCCACGCAUCUUUAGACGGCGCAGCAUCUUCGCCGGAGCUUGGGCGACCCUCUUCUACUUUCUCCCAAUAUGGUUCCAAUCCAUCAAAGGCGUCUCGGCCGUGGACUCGGGUCUCAGACUCCUGCCUCUGAUGCUCUCAAUGGUCGUCGCGUCCGUUUUCAGUGGAAUCACCACCCAGAAGAUCGGAUACUACACCCCCUUUGCAAUCGUCGGAUCCUGCAUUAUGGUGAUUGGUGCAGGGCUCCUCACGACACUGCAAAUCCACAUCGGCCACGGUAAAUGGAUAGGCUAUCAGAUCCUCUAUGGCUUCGGCAUGGGCAUGUGCUUCCAGCAACCCAACCUCGCGGCGCAAACCGUCUUACCGAGAAAAGAUGUGCCUGUCGGGAUUGCAGUCAUGUUCUUUAGUCAGCUGCUUGGUGCUGCGGUGUUUGUCCCUGUGGGCGAGAACGUCCUGGCUAACCAGCUUAUGCUGAGGCUGUCUGGUGUUCCGGGAAUUGACGCCAAUAUUGUUACGUCGGGCGGUGCAACAUCGCUACUGAGCUUGGUUCCUUUGGAUCUCCGGGAAACGGUAUUGACGGCUUAUAACGAAGCGCUGCGAAAGGUGUUCCAGAUUGGGUUUAUCGUGGCCUGUUUGACCAUUCUGGGGAGUGCCUCGCUUGAGUGGGUGAGUAUACUCAAGAAGUCGGAGACUAGUCCUGGUGCCGAGACUGGUGAUGCCCCCAAAGAGGAGCAAUAG